CUCCCAUUCGUCCGCCAGCCCAGAGUUUGGGGGACCACAGAUACAUGCCAAUUCUGAUUCGGUUCCCAGCGUCCCACGACGACGAUGUCCAGGUACUUUGCCCGAACCCAGAACACCCUCUUCACCCACACAUUUCCCGCCCUUUAACCUGCCUUUCUGUGCUGCACCACCACUCCCGUCUGCCACUAUCAGACGUCUCCCAAGUAUCCCUACUGCCUGGCUACGGCCCCGCGGUCUUCUACCACCGGCAUCAAGUCUCCGUGGGAAACGGAAAUGCGACGGGCGGACCUUUCACCUCUAGAGGUAUCGUCAACUUCCUCUUCUCCGUAAAUGGCCCCUGGGAAACUCCUCUUCCGCUUCCACUUGGGUGGUUUUGUUCUGUCAACCCUAGUCUCCAAGACUGAUAAGUAUGAAAAUCACUGAUCAAAAUGUGUGACGAUGACUUCGACGUGCGCCCAGUAGCCCGUUGACGAGCCACUCAGAGGCCGCCCGGCACCGCCCUUGCGGCAGUAUCUGCGACUAACUGCUGCAGCUGCGACCGCCGACCCAACAAUGACCACCUCGAGAAAUCGUUACUUUGUAUCCAGGUUUCGUACAGGCUACAGACAACAAGAAAAUUGCAGAUAUAUCGAGUAAUAAACGGGUGCGGCAAACCGGACUGUAAAGACUCAGCCAGAGAUAGAGCAAGGUAUCGUGACUGGCGAUUCAA